AUGGCGACGAAAUGCAAGCGGCCCAGGCGCGCUUUGACGCCGGAGGAUAAAAUGAAGGCCAUCCAGCGCGUCAACGAGGGCGAGUCCAAGGCGUCGGUGGCGCGCGACAUCAGCGUACCCGAGUCCACCCUACGCGGCUGGUGCAAGAACCAGGACAAACUGCGCUUCAAGACCUCGCAGCUCUCCUCUCCCGAAACCGACAGGAGCAACGACGGGGAACCGCCCCGAAAGCGCGCGCGCACGGAGUCCCCCGCCGCCGCGCCUGCCUCGCCCGCUACCGCAGGCCUCGACCUCAGUUCAUCCACCUCGUCAGACGACGUGCCAAUGGAUUUAUCCAUGAAGCGCUCGCAGCCGUCCCCUUCCUCUUCCUUGCCUCGCGAAAGACGCCCGGACCCCGGCUCCAGCGUCGCAAUGAGUGAUUUCAGUCCCUUGUACGGACUUACCCAUUUGCCCGGUCUUGCACACUCACAUUUGGGGCUCUGCUUCAAUGAGAUAGUAACCAACUUCACCCUUCUUGCUUUACUUAACCCUUUCCCCUUUCCCUUUUCGCGGCAGAACAAACAGCAGAAUGGUGAUAUGUCAUGCUAG